GUCGCCUGCCGUACCUGUUGCGCAGGGAGCCGGCGGGGCGGGGAGAGGAGGGAAGGAGGGAGGGGGGGCAGCGAAAGGAGCCCCAUCGCAGCAGCCCCAGGACGCGCCGGGCUGCCGGGCUCGUCCCGCGGGGAGGCAGCAGCCGCAAGGAGCCCGAGAUGGCGGACAGCGCCGCGGCCACCGCCGCUCCUCGGGCCGGCGUGAAAGGCUCGGCGGGGCCCUGGUGGAAAUCGCUGACGAGCAAGAAGAAGCACAAGGAAGCGGCGGUAGCCCCGCCGCAUCCCGUCGCCAGCGAGACCCCCGCCGACACCCCCAGCCCCGACGGCCGGGAGGAGCAGCCCCUUCCCUUCGUCAGCGGCGACGCCGCGGGAACCGCAGUCGGCAACCGGCGGAGCCUGCGGGUGUCCCACUCGGGCCGCUUCAAGGAGCGGCGGAAGGUGCGCACCUCGCUGCUGGCCGACAGCCCCGAGGUCUUCGACGGCGGCGGCGCCCCGGGCCACGCCGCGCAAGGGGCCGAGUAGCCCGGCAGGACCUUGCCGAGGAGCUGCCGCUGGCUGGAUGGCCGGAGAACUGGCGGGGCAGGCAGCCCGAGUCAGUGAGUGCCCCACAGCCGGGCUGGGACCCGUGGGUGACAUGUGGGCGGCCGCCUCCCAAAC